AUGAAGUAGUUAUUACAGGGAUUAAGUACUAUACAUGAUGCCCACAUUUUGCAUAGAGAUCUCAAAUUGGAAAACAUAUUAAUGGAAGACCCUCUUUUUCUAAAAAUCAAAAUAAUUGAUUUUGGACUUGCAUGUAAAAAAAAUGAAAUAAAUAAGCUAAAUCAAAGAUGCGGAACUCCAGGAUAUGUAGCUCCAGAGAUUUUAAAUAACGGAUUUGCAUCUAAAGGUAUUAUAUACAGGAAAAAACACUAGAGAGGUGAUUUGGAACAAUACCUAAGAGUCACCGAUUGCACGACUAAUUAAAUUGAAAAGUUUAGUAAGCGAUCAAUGCUUUUAACUGUUAUAUGA